AUGAGCGCGCUCGAAUCGGCCGAGAUCUGGGGCGGCGCCGACACGGAUGGGCUGGACCCGGAGAUCCUCCUCAUGUCGAACGACGAGCUGCGGCAGCGCAUCCGUCUCCUGGACAACGACAUCCGCAUCAUGCGCAGCGACAUCCAGCGCAUCAACCACGAGAGCAACUCGCAGCGCGAGCGCAUCAAGGAGAACAACGAGAAGGUCAAGCUCAACAAACAGCUGCCGUACUUAGUCGCGAACGUCGUCGAGAUCCUCGAGCUCGAGGACGACGACGACGAGCAGGACGGGGCAGCCACCGACGUGGACGCGCAGCGCCGGGGCAAGAGCGCCGUCAUCAAGACGAGCACGCGGCAGACGAUCUUCCUCCCAAUCCCUGGGCUCGUGGAGUCGUCCACGCUGAUCCCGAACGACCUCGUGGGCGUGAACAAGGACAGUUACUUGAUCUUGGAGAAGCUCCCGAGCGAAUACGAUUCCCGGGUCAAGGCGAUGGAGGUGGACGAGAAGCCGACGGAAGAGUACAGUGACAUUGGCGGCCUGGACAAGCAGAUCCAAGAGCUCGUGGAGGCGGUGGUGCUUCCGAUGACGCACAAGGAGAGGUUUGAAGCCAUUGGCAUUAUGCCGCCCAAGGGCGUGCUCUUGCACGGUCCCCCGGGCACGGGCAAGACGCUGUUGGCACGGGCGUGUGCGAAACAGACGGACGCGAUUUUUUUGAAACUUGCAGCGCCGCAAUUGGUGCAAAUGUUUAUCGGAGAUGGCGCGAAACUCGUGCGAGACGCGUUUGAAUUAGCUAAGGAAAAGUGCAAGGACCAAGGCCGUGGCGGCGCGAUCAUCUUUAUUGACGAGCUGGAUGCUAUUGGGACCAAGCGUUUUGGUGGUGAACAGUCGGGUGAUCGAGAAGUACAGCGCACCAUGUUGGAACUCCUGAACCAGUUGGAUGGCUUCACGAACAAUACAAAGAUCAAGGUCAUUGCUGCUACCAACCGUCCGGAUGUGCUGGAUCCUGCUCUGCUGCGUUCUGGACGGCUAGACCGCAAGAUUGAGCUGCCGCAUCCGACGGAAGAAGCUCGUGCUCGCAUUUUGCAGAUCCACUCGCGUAAAAUGAAUGUCGACACGGAAGACACCAACUUUGACGAGCUGGCACGCUCUACGGACGACUUCAAUGGCGCACAACUGAAAGCGGUCUGCGUGGAGGCUGGUAUGCUGGCACUGCGUCGCGAUAGCAACGUGAUCAAACACGAAGACUUUAUGGAAGGGAUACUCGUCGUGUCAGCCAAGAAGAAGGCGACGCUGCAGUACUACGCUUAG